AUGUCAGAAGAGCUUAUAAAUACAGUUUAUAUUCUUGCAACAAUCAGUCAGCAUAUAGAAUUUCCUUUCCGAAAUUCAUGAUUAAGCAAAAUUUUUCAAAAUGCUUUUACCUCAGGCAUUGAUAAAGAAAGCCUUACUCCCCCCUCCAUGAGUGAACAAAACCAUUAGAAAAAUCGCUAUUUUUUGCCCAAAGCCCACCCUCCAUGAGUGAACAAAAAAUUUUUUAAUAGAAAAAAUUUUUAUGGAAAAAAAUUUUGAUAUAUAAAUGAUAAUUAGUAUAAUCAAAUCUAGAGCUAAUUCUGUUUAAUUUUAAACAAAUUACGUUUUAAAACAUAAAUUUUAUAAAUUAAAUUCAUAUUUGCUUUCCAAUUUUUGGGAAUUAGGAUUUUUUUUUAAAUUUCGAAAGAAAUAUUUUUUAUAAAAUUUAUAUAUAAAUUUUUUUUAAAAAAAAAAUUAACCCCCCUUCGUGAGUGAACAAAAUUUUUUUGUUCACUCACGGAGGUGGGGGGGAGUUAGAGAACUUGGAUAUUUAACAGGAAGAAGCUUAAGCGGCACCUUCCAUUAUGUAAGAGAAAUUAUUAGAUUUCAGAAAUGUGAAGAUAUUUUUGCUUGGCCAAACAAAUUGUUGCAUCCAUUUCAAGUGUCUGACAUACCUAAAAAUAUUGAAAAAGCUGCAUUUUUUAUUACUUGCACUAAUAAGGAUUAUAUAGAGGAAAUAGAAGGCUACAUUUUAGUUGUAAAACUUUUUCAACCUGAAGGAAUUUUAGAAUGUAAACACGGAGAAGAAUGGAAGAGUUGCUCAUCCCAGAAAAUGGGUAAUUAUAAGCCUAAAAACUUUUCUGUGAUUUUGGGCUUUGUAAAAAAUUGAGAAGAUAUCAAAAUUGAAGAAAAGACAGUAGAAGAAAAUAAAGAUAAUGAGGCAAAAACAAAAAAUGUUGAAAAAAGCCCACAAGAUUUUGAAGAAAAUACUACUAAAAAUAUAAAUGCGGACCAAAUAAAUGAAAAACUCAGACAAAUGGAAGAAGAAUUAUCUAAAUCUAAACUAAGCAAUGAAUGUCUCCAAGCCGAGCUAAUGAGAGAAAAAUUAAAAAAUAAAAAUACAAGCAGCAACAUGCAUCGGGUAAAAGUAAUGAUUGAAAAUAUGAGCAAAAAAAUUUAUAAUACUAGGAUAGAUUUAGAAAAAAAAUUAAUAUAUUUAAAAGAAAGAGCAGAAGAAAGCCAAUUAUGUAUCAAAAAUAUCCUAGAUAAUUGCCAAAGUAAAUUUAAUCAGCUUCAAUCUUUCGUAGAUGACUCCGCUGGCUCAAAAAAUGAGCUAGACAAUAAAAAACCCGAUUUUUCUAUAGCUUUUAAUGCUAUUUCUGAUUAUUUUCAAUGCAGCAAUAAAACUGCUCAAGAUUGUCUUCAAAAAUUUAAAGAGUUGGGAAAUGAAUGCUAUUCAUUAAAAGAGAAGUGCAAUGAGAUAAUAAAUGAGAUUGAUAGCAAACCCUCAUCAUUAAUAGCAAAAAAUAAUGAAAGAGAAGAAAAAACCAAAAAAAUAUUCAGAAGUGAGAAUUCUUCUGUAUCAAGAUUUUCACAUUUCCCGGCUCUCAAAAGGAAAAAAUAUGGAUUGGUCAAUAUAGGAAAUAGUUGCCAUCUGAAUUCAGUUUUGCAGAUUUUUGCAAGUAUUCCAAAUUUUAUAGAAAAAAUAAGAAACAUUGAAAGCUAAGUUUUGGUUAUUAUAUUUUAAUGGCAAUAAUAAAAUUGCUGUUUGAACUAUAUUUUUUGUCAUGCUGAUCUGAUAUAGUCAGAAUAAAGUCUUUAAUGAGCUGGCUAAAUAUCAUUAGACUUUAUUAGCCCUGGGAAAGCACUUUUGGCAUUUUUGGUUCAAUAUCUGCUUUCGCUCUCUCGAUAAAAAUGCUUAAUUCAAGUAGUAAUUUUAAUGUCACAUUCUAAUUCGGUAGCAUUUACUUAUCAGGGCAACAAAGGUUUUUGAUCUAUAAACUUAAGCCUUAUAAGCACAAUAUUAAUUAUAAAACAUUGAGAAUAACUUAUUUUAUUCCUUAGGUGAAGUAUAGGCAUUUCGCCUAAAUUGUCCGAUAUGGGCCGAAAGUUGAGAGCACUUUCUCUCAAGUUGGUUUGACCAACUUAGGUUGGCCAAACCAACAGUAGAGGGAAACUCCUUAACUCUCGGGUUGGUUUGGCUAAACUAACGUGAGAGGAAACGCUCUUAACUUUCAGCCCAUAUCGGACAAUAAAGGCGAAAUGCCUAUACUAUCGUCGAUAACAGAUCCCUAUCCUUUUUUAAAUCUGGAAAAUUAA